CACAGCAAUGCGUUAAUCUAAUUAUCGGAUAGGUUAUUUAUUUCUAACAAAAUUAAAGGUAUCCCUCAUAGACUCAUCCCAAUAUAAAUAGGUACAAAACUACUUAGUUAAUUGUAUAAGAAUAUUUUUAAAGCUAUAAAUUCGAAUAAAAUAAAAUUAAAUACAUACAAUUUAAUUUAAAUUGGCUAAUAAUUCAAAUUCGUACAAUCAAUCUCAUCAUCCAUUCGUCCGUCACGAUAUUCAACCCGCCCCAUUAAUAUUUCUCAGGUAAUCAAUUUUCCCAUGUUAUCAGUGUUAUAUAACGUUAUCACGUCGUAUUUUUUACAGUAAUCCAUUAGUCAAUACUUUUUUUUGUAACAAAACAAUACAGUUAUACGAAUAUACGAUAGUACAGCACUACGCCACUACGGCAGUGCGGCGGUCUAGCUAACAGACACCACACUGACGGUUGUAUUGUCUUGGCAUUAUGCAUAAUUUAUUAUAAAUAUUGUGAAAGUUGUCAUACAUUAUUAUUAAACUAUAAACCAACUGAACCUAUAUUGAGCUUGUUAAAAUUAUAUUAUUUUAACCAAGAUAUUUAUGAGUCGUAAUAAUAUUAAAUAAUUUUUAUAGAAUUUUGACCAACUUUCAAUUCAAAACAAAUUCAGUAUUAAUUACAAUUGAAAAUGGGUAAACAAGAAAAUAUAUUUUUGUUUGUGCCAAAUUUAAUCGGUAAGUUCAAAAACUUUUUGUCUACAUAGAAUAGAUAUCCAACAAUAAUCUGUCAUAUUAUGUAAAUAUCUAUAGGUACAAUUAAAAACAUUAAAUGAUUCUUAUUAAAUUAAAUCUAGUAAAGUACCUAUCAGGGUUAAUAUUUCUUUUGAACCUUAAUAAAUUAUUUUAGGUUUAGACAAUGAGCUUUUUCUUCUCUUUUGCCUUCAUCCCAACUAUUUAGGAUCAGCCACCCUCGUUUUAAUGUUCCACUUGACCCGAUCUUCCACCUACAUUAACAGGUUAAGCUUUCUGUCAUUGUCAAAAUGUUUCUUUUGGUACAGUAUGCGGUGACAAAAACAAGUUGCUGCACAAUUUAGUUGAGUACUCAUAGGGCAUGAAAACCCUAUGUGGUACUCUUUACAAUCACACUGUCAGGUAAAUAAACCCUACAUGCAUAAUUAUACCAUAACUAUUCAUAAUUAAAUAUUUUGUAUUGGCGCUUAACCUGUUAAACACAGAUGGUACCUAAUAUUUUUAAGAGUCAAUUUUCAAAUUGUCCAUUUUAAUACUCUGAUUAAUGAAAACUGGUGAGUAUAAACGUAAGAAUAUAAGCAUAUAUUUAAAUUCUAAUUAUAAGAUGCAUUUAAAUUUUUUUUUAAGUGCAAUAAUUAACAUUACAUAUUAUUUAUUUAAUAUUUAGGCAAAUAAUGCAUCACCUCUUUUGUUCCCCAUAUAAAGGAUCAUUAAUUUUUUAGUUUAAACCUAAUUCAUAAUAGUAUUUUUAAUGAAAUGUAUAUUUUUUAAAGUUUGAAUUGAAAUUAUGUAUAACAUUUUAUUGGUUCUACAGGAUAUGCCAGAAUAAUACUAGCACUCAUAUCAAUUUACUUUAUGCCAACCAAUUAUAAAAUAGCAUGUACUUGUUAUGUUGUAAGUGCGUUAUUAGAUGCUUUUGAUGGCCAUGCAGCUCGGGCAUUUAAUCAAAGUAAGAUAACUGAAGAAUUUAAAUGUUUACAAUUACUGUAUAUUGUAAUGCUUUAAGUUAGUAUUAUGGUAUAAUUUAUUGUGUUUUUCCUAAUUAGUACUUUGUUUUAUAUAUUAGUAUAUUACUGUUAAAUAUAUCAGCUUUAAUUAUUCCAUAAAAUAAUUUAUUUUAAACCUAGUUAUAAUAAUGUUAUAUUAAAAAAAAAAAAAUGAAUAGGUACUGAUUUAUUGGUAUUUAUUUAGGUACUAAGUUUGGAGCUAUUCUUGACCAACUAACUGACCGCUGUGGAACAAUGAGUUUGUGUAUUGCAUUAUCAAAUUUGUAUCCCAAAUAUAUGUUUUUCUUCCAACUUAGUUGUAUCAUUGACAUUGCUUGUCAUUGGAUCUAUUUGCACUCGUAAUAUAUGCAAAAAAAUAAAUAUAUUAUUGUAAAUACAAUUUUAUAUAUUUAAAUUUUAUAGGUCAAUCUUACAAGGUAAAACUAGUCACAAGUUUGUAGAUAUGUCUGGAAAUCCAAUAAUGAGAUGGUAUUAUACAUCAAAACCAAUAUUGUUUUUCAUGUGUGCUGGAAAUGAAUUAUUCUUUGCAUCAUUAUAUCUUUGUCAUUUUAUCACAGGACCAAUGAGUAAGUAAAAAUUGAACUUAACAUAUUAUUAAUAACUUUUAACAUUAUAUUUAUUACAUUAUUUUUAUUUUAGUUGCUGGCCAUGGUCUAUUUAAGUUAUUGUGCUGGUUUUCAAGUCCUAUAAUGUUUGUUAAAACAAUAAUAUCAUUAAUUCAUUGUUAUGUGGCUAGUAUAAAUUUGUCCAUUAUUGAUGUAAAUGAACGUCAUGAAAAACAAUAAUUUACUAGUUAAGAUAAAUGAAUUAUGAUAGUUUUAAAAUUUUAAUACCCGUGUGUUACAUUUUUAAGCAUUCCAUAAUACUACUUUACUUAUUGGUUCCUUUGGUUUUAAGUGUAGUUCGUGUGUGUACUUAUUAAUUAUUAACAUUUUUAGUAUCUAGUCAUUAAUUUAUUAACUUAAAUGUAUUAUUUAUUUCUAUCAUAGUAAAGAUCUGUAUAAUUUAAUUGUAUUAAUUAUUAUUGUUUUUCAGUACUAAAUAUUUAAAACUUAAUAAAGUAAUAUUCUUUAGAAAAUAAUUUAUGCGUAACUUAAUAUUAUUCAAAAAUAUAGCUUAUAUGUGUUUUUAUUGUAUUUUAAAAAAUUUAAUUAAAAUUAUAAAUAUUUUAAUCAAACUGAUAUUUUAUUAUCUCAUCUUUAUAAUUUGAACAUCUUACAUUUUGAAAAACAAAUAGUAUAUCUAUACCGCCAACUCACUUGUCAAAUCUAGUACAAUAUUAAUGUUGAUUGCUUGAGAGCAGAAAAGCCAAAUACCAUUUGAUCUUAAAUCAAAACUAGAUCAUAUUUUACUAUGUGUACAUUUAUUUUUCUUCAAUUAAGUAGUAUGACAUUAUUACAAAAUUAAAAC